UGAUAUAAAUAUAUAUAGGACAUUAAUUUAGGAUUUAUUUAUUCUAUCAAUAAUCAAUAUUCAUAUGCAUUAGCCUUCUUGGUCUAGUCUGUGUUCAUUAGUAGUAAACUGGUUUAUCACACGAAACAUAAAUAAUUUGUAAAAUGUAUAUUACCAUAAAGCAAUUUAAUUUUAAUUCCCUCUAGAAAAAAUACCAAAAUAUAUAGAUAUUUCUAGUUUCAACAUAUUUAAGCCAACAGGCGCUGUUUUCCCGCCUUGACCCAUGUGGGCUUAACGGCGCAAUAGGUCACUGAGCAGAAACGCGCGGGGUAUGUUUGGACGGGCGUAGUAGCGUAAUGACGUCAGUGACGCGAAGUAUCGACCCUUUCCAGCCGUCACAACACUCCUGUCCCCCGCAGCUAACAAUUCCCACCCGCCUUAGAUAGAAAAUUGGAUUGUGCCAGCGGCUGCCGCGGGGCAUAUAAACCGCGUUGUAUGGAUCAGACCACCGUGGGCGAACCAAUUUACCGAUGGAUCACGACUAAUUCAUGUUGGAGACCACCCCGCCACAGGCUUUCUCCGAGUAGAUAGUAAAGAACCCUAUUAUUUAUCUGACGCUCUAUAUUCGUCACAGCUUGUGAACAAAAGAAAGUUUAUGUUAACUGUCGCAGAACUAAGCAAUCGUAUGGAUUCCAAUAUGCAUAACUUAUGUAAUCAGCUUGAUAUCCACAACCCAUUUGUACUAGAUAUUGAUCUAGAUUUUUUUAGUACAGCUAAUCCUUUCUUGGCGCUUUAUAACAAUAUAGGUCUAUAUGAUUUGCUACAAGAUUUAUUUCAUUUUGAUGUGCCUGAAAACGACGAUAUAGAAAGUAUUGAAAAUACGGUUAAUUUGCGAGAAAUACAAUUACAAGAAUUGGAAGAUUUAUUUAUGUGUAUGGAAGAAUUUGGAAAUUUGGAAAAUUACACAGGAAAUAAAGGCUUAUAUUAUGAAAAGGUUUCAACGUUGGUUCCAAUUGUAGAGGAGGAAGCAAAACGCCUUGGGGAGCGACCGGACUGGUGGGCUGUGUUCGCUAGUGGGUGUACAAGAGAUCAGGGUGGGCUGCCUCAUCAUAUCAGCUCAGAAGAAUUAAUUAAGGACACCAUUGAAAUGUGCCUUAAGCAAUUUUUACAAGGCUUACCAUCCCCUAUUUUGAUUACAAUAGCUAGAUCUACAGAUGACGGAUAUUGUCCUCCACAUCAGGUUGAAUUAAUACAAUCGCAGGUUCUUCGCGCUCUAAAGGAAAUAUAUGUAACGGACGAACCCAUUUUACAUUAUUUAAAUAAAAUCAAGGAAUAAAGAUUAAGUAAAAUGUC